AUGUUUCGCGCGCAGCAGAAUGCUUUUGAUGAUGCCGUCGCCAAGGCGACGGAUGAGAAUCUGACUUCUGAGAAUUGGGAAUACAUUCUGGAUGUCUGUGAUAAGGUCGCUGCGGAAGAAUCGGGGGCGAAAGAGGCUGUUGCUUCUAUGAUCAAGAGGCUGGCGCACAGGAAUGCCAAUGUGCAGCUCUAUACUUUGGAGCUCGGCAAUUCGCUGUCGCAAAACUGUGGUCCCAAGAUCCAUCGCGAGCUGGCCUCGAGGAGCUUCACUGAUGCGCUUCUGCGCCUGGCAGCUGAUCGUAACACACAUCAACAAGUCAAGUCGAAAAUCUUGGAACGCAUGCAAGACUGGACGGAGAUGUUCGCUUCAAACCCGGAUUUUGGUAUCAUGGAACAGGCGUAUAUGAAGUUGAAGACUCAAAGUCGGUACCCUGCUCUUUACGACCCGCGCGGUUCAUUUCUGACGGACCCUUUUAUAGACCCCAAUUUGCAGCCCCCGUCGAAGCCUGUCAAGAGCGCAAUGACCGAUGUUGACCGACAGAAGGAAGAGGAGGAAUUGCAGAUGGCGCUUGCACUCUCCAUUAAGGAUAAGAACCCACCGCCAGGUCCGGCACCUCAAGCCGAGUCGUCCACUGCGGCUGCUGUAUCUUCAUCCGCCCCGGCCCCAACGAACGCAGCCGAGGCUGUCGCUCAGCCUGUCCCCUCGGGUACAUCCGCGGCCACCGUGUCGCGCGUCAGAGCUCUUUUCGACUUCCAGCCCUCGGAGCCCGGGGAGCUUCAAUUCCGGAAAGGCGAUAUCAUUGCGGUCUUGGAAUCAGUCUACAAGGAUUGGUGGAAGGGCUCUUUACGUGGACAGACGGGUAUCUUCCCUCUGAACUACGUGGAGAAGCUUCCCGACCCGACUGUGGAAGAGCUGCACCGAGAGGCCCAGAUGGAAGGCGAGGUCUUUGGCCAGAUUAAGAAUGUCGAGAAGCUCCUAACAUUGCUGAGCACACGGAGCUCGGACUUGAACGUUCAGGAGAACGAAGAGAUUACUACCCUUUAUCACUCUACGUUGGCAAUUCGCCCUAAGCUGAUUGAGCUUAUUGGGAAGUAUUCGCAGAAGAAAGAUGAGUUCACUCAGUUGAAUGAGAAGUUCAUCAAGGCGCGCCGUGACUAUGAAUCGUUGUUGGAAGCCUCAAUGGCUCAUCCACCACAAGCUCAGUACGGACGUCCUGGCCAGCCGCCAUAUGGGUAUCCUGGUGCCACCCCUGUUGGAUAUCCUCAGGGUCCUCCCCAGGGUGCUCCCCAGCCGGAUCAGCGAUACUUUAGCCCUCGACCCCAAGAAACCCCAGCCCCGCAGUCGCAGCCCAAUGCGUACUACGGUGCGGAACAGUCGAUGCCAUACCGACCCGCAUCUCACUCCCCCGAUCCUCGCACUCAGUACCCAGGUGGAGCUCAACCGCUGUCACAACCUCUGGUUCAGCCGCAGGCCCCUCAGUCCGACCCCUACCAGCCUGUACACCACCGUCCCCAGUCUACAUAUGAUUCGCCGCAAGAACUUGGAACAUCGGUCUACGACUCGCCCGUGGAUCAUCAAAAUGCUGCCAACCGUCCCCCCUACCCUCCCUCUGGUCAAGUUCCUCCAACUGCCCACCAGCAAUUCCAGCAACAGCAACAGCAGCAACAACAAGAUUACUCGCCCUCCGUCUAUUCUAGCGAUGACCCCGUGCAGCUGCAGUCUGCCUCUGGAAUGCAUCAGCAAUCCCCGCACCAAUACCCUCCCCAGCAGCAACAGGCACAGCAAGCUCCUUACCCAACCUCCCCACCGCACCAACAACCCCCACCCUCACACCAACCACCCCCUGUACCCGGUGCUACCUCCCAGCCCACCCAGUACACUGCCUUCAACCCAGCGCCCUCGGCCCCGCCAACCGGGGAAUACCAGGCAUACCAGCCCUCGCAGGCUGGCGUACCUGCCUCAAACCCAGCUUCCUUUUACAGAUAA